UGUUUGUUUUUUAAAUCGGAGCUAUUUCAUCUGGGACUGACGAAUAAGGGUGGGAAGUCCCUGUUGGCUCCGCCUCUCAGCCAAAUGAGUGAUGAGCCAUUGCCUGCGUCCGUCCGCUUCAUCUUGGCGGCUUCGUCACGUAUUGUCUUCAUCUAUGUCAACUCCGUUCAUGGGUUUGUGAUUUCUUUUUUUGUUAUUUGUUUUUAUUUUUUAGGAUUUUUUUUUCCAUUUUUCAUUUUGUUUGGCUUUAAAAAAAAAUCCUGAAAGAUUGGGAAGGCUAGCGGAGGAGCCCUAACGUCUUGCCGUGCACCGAGCCGGAAUGUCGUCGUCGUUGUCGUCGUCCCUGGUUUUGUUGGCCGUCAUGUUGGCUAAAGUCGGCUCGGUGGGGGCCGUCGCCGCCUCCUGGAACAACACGCCGCACAACGACAGCAAAUGUGGCGGCAGCACCGACUGCAAGGACGGCGUCAUCUUGUCACAGUGGUGGCCAAAGGACCCCAGCCUCCCGGACCGCAUAGCCAGAGCCGCCAUCUACUUUAUGGGCUUAGCGUACACGUUUCUGGGCGUGUCCAUCAUCGCCGACCGCUUUAUGGCAUCCAUCGAGGUCAUCACGUCCCAGGAGCGACAGAUCACCGUCAAAAAAUCCAACGGGACCAAGUUCACAACCACCGUCCGCAUCUGGAACGAGACCGUGUCCAAUCUGACUCUCAUGGCACUGGGUUCUUCUGCUCCGGAAAUCCUGCUCUCUGUCGUCGAGAUUUGCGGUCACAACUUUGACGCCGGCGAACUGGGGCCCAACACCAUUGUAGGCAGCGCCGCCUUCAACAUGUUCGUCAUCAUUGGCCUUUGCGUUUAUGUCAUUCCUGACGGGGAGACCCGCCGCGUCAAGCACCUCAGAGUGUUUUUCGUCACAGCCGCCUGGAGCGUCUUCGCCUACACGUGGCUCUACCUCAUCUUGGCCUACUUUUCUCCGGGCAUUGUUGAGAUUUGGGAGGGGCUUCUGACGCUCUUUUUCUUUCCCGUUUGCGUCAGCUUUGCGUACGUGGCUGACCGGCGCCUCCUGUUCUACAAAUACGUGUACAAGCGCUAUCGCGCCGGGAAGCGCAGGGGGGUGAUCAUCGAGACCGAGGGCGAGUCGGAACUUCCCUCCAAAGCCCACGUUAAAAAGCCGGCCCGCGGCCGGGGGCCCUCUGAUGCCGAGCUGGGCGUCGAGGUGCCGGCCGAAUACGGCCAGGCGAAGGAGUUGAAAGCGAACUCUCCCGACAAGGAGAUGGAGCAGCUAAGGAAAUCCGUUGGCCACGGUUCGACACGGGAGGAAAAGAGUUGCGCAUUCUACAGCUGUCACGCCUCGCAGAUCACGAUGGGGACAGACGACAUUCCAAAAACCGAGUCGGCCGCCGACCCGAGCCAGAGAUUCACUCGGUGCGACUUAACAUCAUCUCAGGAAACGUCAGGAAAUGACCGCUCUGCUAAAGUCUUCUUCCACCCAGCCGUCUACCAGUGCUUUGAGAACUGUGGCAGCGUUGCGCUGAAUUUGUGUCGAGGAGGAGAUCUGAGCACAACCGUUGCUGUUGACUUUCAGACGCAAGAUGGCACCGCGAAAGCCGGUUCAGACUUUGGCUUCACAAAGGGAACGGUGGUGUUUCAAAGCGGCGAGACACAAAAGGAAAUCCGUGUCAACAUCAUCGACGACGACAUCUUUGAGGAGGAGGAGCACUUCCUGGUCCAUUUGAGCGGCGCGAGGGUCCUGUCCGCUGACGGCGGCGAGGCGACGGACCGCGACAGCCUAGCGGGUUUGGGUUGGCCGUGCACGGCCACGGUCGCGAUCUUUGACGACGACCACGCAGGCAUCUUCGCCUUUGAGGAGCCCACGGUGACCGUGAGCGAGAGCGUCGGCGUGAUGGAGGUCAGAGUGGUCCGGACUGCGGGGGCUCGAGGAGCUGUGGCUGUGCCGUACAGAACCAUCGAGGGAACCGCCAAAGGUGGCGGGGAAGACUUUGAAGAUACUCACGGGAUCCUGGAGUUUGACAACGAUGAGAUCUGCAAAACGCUGCACAUCAACAUCAUCGAUGACGAAGAGUACGAGAAAAACAAAAGUUUUUUUGUGCAGAUGGAUGAGCCGCGACUUCUGGAGAUGAGCCAAAGGAAAGCUGUCCUGCUUCGAGAAGUUGGUGGAUUCAGGCGAACCGACAAGCAGUUGUUCGGUAAGGCCGCUUUCAUCCCUGGCCUUGCUGGUAGCGGCCUCCGGACCGGCCGCAACGCUACACUAUACUGGUUCGGUGAACCGUGUGUCCACUUCCGCAAAGACGUUUACAGAAAGCUAAAAGCGCAAGAACAACCAAACGGCUCUUCCGUCGUUACCCUCUCAGAGGGAGCUGAGGACUUGGGGACAAAGGAGGAAGAGGAGGAGCGUCGCGUGGCACUGACGGGUCGACCGACGUUGGGCGAACACGUCAAACUCGAAGUCGUCAUUGAGGAGUCUUACGAGUUCAAGAGCGCCGUGGACAAGGUGCUGAAGAAGACCAGACUGGCCGUGCUGGUAGAAACAACGUCGUGGCGAGAACAAUUUGUGGAGGCCAUCGCAGUCAGCGCAGGCAGCGGCGACGACAAUGAAGAGGACGGCGGCGGCGGCCGAGGUGGUGGAAAGAAGCUGCCUUCCGCUCUGGACUACGUCCAACAUUUUCUGACCGUCUUCUGGAAGCUUCUGUUUGCCAUGGUCCCACCCACCGAGUACUGCAACGGCUGGGCCUGCUUUGUUGUCUCGAUUGUGGUUAUCGGCAUCCUGACGGCAUUCAUCGGGGACCUGGCGUCGCACUUCGGCUGCACGGUGGGUCUGAAGGACUCGGUCACGGCUGUGGUGUUCGUCGCAUUGGGAACAUCGGUACCUGAUACCUUCGCGAGCAAGGUGGCGGCAAGCCAGGACCGAUACGCCGAUGCUUCCAUCGGCAACGUGACAGGAAGCAAUGCGGUCAACGUGUUCCUGGGCAUCGGUGUGGCUUGGUCAAUUGCCGCCAUUUACCACUACUCCAAAAAUCAGGUGUUCAGGGUGGACCCGGGAACUCUGGCUUUCUCAGUCACCCUCUUCACCAUCUUUGCCUUCAUCUGCAUCGCCGUUCUCAUGUACCGGCGCCGACCCGAGAUCGGCGGAGAAUUGGGCGGACCCCCCCUCGCUAAGAUGGCGACUGCCGGCUUGUUCUUCAGCCUGUGGUUGCUGUACAUCUUCCUUUCUUCGCUCGAAGCCUACUGCCACAUCCACGGCUUUUGAUGCUGCCUUCUGCUGUUGGAACAUCCGGAGGUAUCGGACCGUUCAUCACGUGGACUUCAAACGAGUCAGGCCCUGUCACCUUCAACUUCUUUGAUUCCUGUUUUGGCCCACGUCCGCGCACCUUUCUCGUCGCAAUGAUGUCACACCUGCAGCGAGAAUGCCAGGAACGCAUGGAUGGAUGGACAUUGAUCGACAUAAAUGACACCAGAAUGGAAGAAGUUUCAUCAUUCGUGUGGCAUUUUUUCCCUUUUUUCAAAAUGAUGAAAUAAUUAUACCUCGUAAUCAUCAGCCCACAAAAUCAAUGUAAACACAUUUGUCAUCUCAGUGUACUAGAUAAAUAUUGGCAAUUUUUUUAGUUUGCCUUUUCACGUGUCAAGCGCAAGAGCAACCAACCACUUUGGUGUGUUGAUUAGAUUUUUCCUCAAAUAAUAAAUCGGUAUUCAAUUUGUA